AUUCCCUAUUGAUUGGACUCAUGUCGUUGGACUCAGUUUUGCUUCUCUUUGCCAUAUACGAUUGGUCUUUGUUGGAUGGUUUCGGCCGAAAGGAGCCAGAAUGGCAUAUCUAUCUGUUCCCUUACCUCAUUCACCCACUUAAGAGCAUGACUGGAACAGCUUGCGUUUACAUGGUUGUCGCAGUUGCAGCGGAAAGAUAUCACGCCAUCUGUCAUCCACUGAAGUACAAGCCCAGCCCAUGUACUUACAUCAUCAUGGUGCUGUUGAUCGCGUUCUUGGUGAAUGUCUCGAAAUUCUUCGAAUUCAAAUUGGCCACGUCGGAAAAGGAAAACUCCACCGAGCUCGUCUACACCACCACCGAGCUCAAUGAGCAGGCCUCCUACGUGGUUUUCAGCAGCUAUCACGAGUGUCUCAUCGGCGAGGUGCUCCCACUGUUGGCCCUUUGCAUCCUCAACUUUCAGAUCAGUAUAAAGAUUUGGAACUCGGGAAAGAUGAACCACCGUCAUCUCGGUCCCACCAAGUCGGAUUUCCACACCGAGGACGAGGUCAUUUCUAACUACAACUCGCCCAGCCUUCAUUCAUCCACCAAGAGGCCGAAUGGACGCCAGGUGAUACUGGAGACCUCAUUUCGUGCCAAUGGUGGUCAAAGGGUGGAUCUUCAUCGCUCUCAGUCAACUUUUCUGACACCCCGCCAAUCUCGAACUUGUCGAGGAGCCACUCCAGUCACUUGUAGUCAUUCAACAAGACCCUUAGCGGGACUUGAGGACAGUGUCUCGGAACAUCAGACCAAUGCCAAUGGACAAGCAGUUCCGGCUAAUUCCAAUCCCAAUCCCAAUCCCAUGGCGAUCACCGGAUCCCACUUGACCUCGAUCUCGUUGCACUCGUCGUGUUUGUUUAAAAGGAAAUCGAUCAAGUCAUCCGAGAAGCGAUUUCAAAAUCGGCGAGAAAAAUCCAUCGGCAUUUUGGUUUGCAUCAUAACCAUCUUCUUCGCCUGUCAUCUUUUUCAAGUUGGCAUCCAGAUCUUUCAAAUUUGCCUGCCCGGCCACGGUUUGAAGGACUACUAUAAGGAAUGUGAGCAACAAAAGCGGUCCCACGUCCCAGCCAUCAUUUACACCUUGGGCUUCACCAACCGUUUGCUUUUGGUGGUGAAUUCAUCCGUGAAUUUCUUGAUCUAUUGCAUUAUGGCCAAGCGAUUUCGAUCCGCUCUGGUCAAAUUGCUUCAUUCCAUGAGGAAGAGGCUAUUCCGUGGAAAUUGCGAAUUCGUCUGAGACUCUUCUCGACGGCGAAUUCUGGGAUCGGGUGACACGCGACACGACACAAUCAGACUCAUCUCGUUGCCCCCACUUGGUCGGUCAAAUAUCUUCUUGAGAAAUACUCUUGAUAGAUCUCUGCGUUGUCUGGCUUUUACGUCGCCUCUGGAAGAUCUAUGGUUCAAGUAUUCAUGAGAUAUUUAAAAAAAAAACUGUACUUUAGCUCCAUGUACACGUCUGAACGAUUUCAUUUAAAAAACGUGUUCCAUGUUCUCACGUGCCUUGCCGCAAGUUCCUUUCUCUCGUCAAGUUACUCGUUUCCCACUGAGGUACUUUCUUUGUCCUGUAUAUGAUAUUAGCAUUACUCAUGUUGGGUCUUUCAAAGGCCUCGCCAGCCUUUACAUGGUCUCUUUGAACAUGUUUAACUUGAUCUUUAACAUGGUGUAAUAAAAUACCUCGUUAAAACAUU